AGUUGUGUUUGUAUCUGUGAAGAAAGAAGCAAGGAAUGCUGUGUGGGCGGCGUGUGGCAGUUGGUCUUAUCGACAACACGUGAUGAUGGAGUGAAGGUAGUUCGAGUACUAAUGCCGAUGAACCAAGUGUUGCCAGGCGCAAUUCACAACACCAAGCCCUCGAAGGUCAGGAAAGUAGAGAAGCGAUUGUUAGAAGAAAGCAUCCAGAGGCAAGAACCAGUGGUUAAUGUAUUUCAAAUGAUGCAUUAUGUAAGGAGUUUGGAACAGCGAAUGAAACAGCUUGAAGAUGAAAAAAAAAUUUUACAACAUAAAUUAAGUCAGACUGGAGAGACAAUUUCAAGCAAUGAUCAUAGAGUAAAUCCUGGAUGGGAAAAUGAAUUGGGAGCCUGCUCUGGCCGACCAGAGGCUGUGGUGCAAGCUUUGCAAGUGCUGGAAGUGCGCGAACAGUUGGAACGGAUGGAGACGGGGAAUGGAAUGUCAGAUAACCUCGAUAUGGAUUUGGCAUCAGUUGAUCUUGAUGAUGAUGAGAAGGCACUUGUAAGAGAAAUGUGUAAUGUUGUAUGGCGAAAGCUGGAAGAUGGUCCAACACAGCGAUGAAGUAAGAUAUUGAAUUCCCUGUGAAAAGGAAAGAAAUGGCUUCUACUUAAAGUGGAUAUCGUUAGUAAUAGUGUGUUUGUAAGGGAAAAAUAUCCAGAAGGAAAUGCAUUUAUUUCUUGCCAUAAUGUUUCCUUUGAAUAUGUUUUUGCAACAAAGUGUGAAUCAUCUUGGUUUUCAAGUUGUAAAUUAAAUAAAUGAAACAUGACUAGACAUCAGAUAUUUAAGCUCGAAAAUAUCAUGUUUUAGGCCUUUGAUGUAGAAAGGUCUAAAUAAAGGGUGCAAAAAUAGGCUUAAUAAGAAAAUAAGUAUAAUUUAUUAAAUGGGCAAUAGAUAUCGACUUAAAACAAUUUUUUAAACAUAAAUUUUAUUUUAUUUCAAACUUUUAUUAAAAUGUUUACCAUGAAAUAUUACAAGGAAUAUAGAAAUGUAAAUG